ACCCAAGUGGCCAAGUAUGUUAAUUUGAUAACUCGGAGUCCCAAAUUUAGUUGUUCAUGGCGCCAAUGUUCUUGCAACGUUGCCAGAAAAACACAACUUACCUGAACCAAUCUUUUUCGUUAAAAUUUACGCGUACUAUGAAACUAAUAUGUACAGAUAAUUUAGUUGGUCUUUUAAAAAACUGCUCAAAUUUACCAGCUCUACAAUCUCUUCAAACCUUCAUGAUCAAAACAAAUAAAAUUGAAGAUUGUUACAUAAUGACGCAAUUUAUCAGAGUUUGUUCUUCGCUCAAUCAGAUAGAAUGUGCGAAUUUAGCCGUUACCCAUAUGAAAUCUCCCAAUGUUUUCGUCUAUAAUUCAUUAAUUAGAGCCAUAAUUGAUUGGGGAAGACCAAUACAAGCUCUGAAAUUAUACUUGAAAAUGUUGAGGAGUCAAGUUUACCCAACUAGUUACACUCUAUCUCCAUUAAUCAAGGGUUGUGGCCAAGUUUUUUAUCUGAAAAUUGGGGAAAGUCUUCAUUGUCAGGCAUGGAAGAUGGGUUUUGAUGCUCAUGUUUUUGUGUUAACUGCAUUGGUUGAUUUUUAUGGAAAACUCGGCAAAAUGUUGGAAGCACGGAAGGUGUUUGAUGAAAUGCCUGAAAGAGAUCCUUUCGCAUGGAGUACUAUGGUUUCGGUUCAUGUUCGAGGUGGAGAUAUGGCUUCCGCGAGGGACUUGUUCUAUGAGAUGCCUGAGAGGAAUGCUACUGCUUGGAAUACUAUGAUUGACGGAUACUCGAGAUUAGGGGAUGUUGAGGGUGCAGAGUUGUUGUUUAAUCAGAUGUCUCAAAAGGAUUUGGUGUCCUGGACUACUAUGAUCGCGUGUUAUACACAAAAUAAUGAAUAUAAGAAGGCAUUAGCUGCCUUUGAUGAGAUGAUGAGUAAUGGAAUCUGUCCUGAUAUAAGGACAUUAGCUAUAGUUGUUUCAUGUUGUGCUCAUCUGGGAGCUCUUGAAUUGGGGACAAAGAUUCAUCUCUAUAUGGUACAAGAGGGCCUUUCACUUGAUGUUUAUGUUGGUUCUGCGUUGGUAGACAUGUAUGCGAAGUGUGGGAGGUUAGAUAGAUCACUUGUUGUCUUUUUCAACUUAAGAGAGAAAAACCUGUUUUGUUGGAAUUCAAUCAUUGAAGGACUCGCGGCUCAUGGGCAUGGAAAAUCAGCCAUUACUAUGUUUAAGAAAAUGCUAAAGGAAAAUGUUAUGCCUAAUGGGGUAACUUUUAUUAGUGCUCUUAGUGCAUGCACUCAUGCAGGACUAGUUGAAGAAGGCCGUGGGAUCUUCCAAAGCAUGAUCAAUGAUUUUCAUAUUAAUCCAGAGAUAAAACAUUAUGGCUGCAUGGUUGAUCUACUUUGCAAAGCUAAGUUGCUUGAAGAUGCACUGGAAUUGAUUGUUAGUAUGAAAAUUGAACCAAACUCAGCUAUUUGGGGAGCCCUAUUAAGUGGCUCUAAGCAAUGUCAGAAUUUAAAAGUUGCUGAAAUUGCCAUUAGUAAGCUAAGGGAGUUGGAGCCUGAUAAUUAUGGUUACUAUAGCCUGAUACUUAGCAUGUAUGCUGAAGGAAAUAGAUGGAAGGACGUAAAAAAGAUAAGGUCUAUGGUGAGAGAACUAGGUAUAGAAAAACGAUGUCCAGGAUCUAGUUGGAUUGAAUUGGAUAAAGAAUUGCAUCAAUUUGUUGCUGCUGAUAAAUCUCAUCCUGCUUCAGGUGACAUACAUGUUUUGCUGGAUGAAUUGUAUGGACAGCUAAAGCAUGCGUCUGUAUUCAUCUGAAUUUGACUGUCAUGUGAUCGAAUGUGUGUAGCACCAGCCAUUCCCUUUCUACAUGAAUAUAUUUUGAACGAAUUUUUAACUACCUGCAUAAAGCAGAGGGGUGGAAUAUGCGAAUUACAAAUUCGAGAUUAGUUGCAGCAUAGGAAGCUUGAGUAAACUACAUCUGCAGAGUUUUUUUUGGGUCACAGAAAGCAAAGGGUGGUAAAAAGGUAUCAGAAAUUUAGCGUCCACUCCUUUCUGAUGUCUGAUGCCAUCAGACACCUUAUAUAGUUGAACCUUGUAAUUUUUUGUGUGGAAACUAGUUAUUGGGAGUAGAGGCUAUGGUGAGCGUGAGCCUGCUGUGAUAAUCCGUAUGUAAAGAAGAAAGAAAGAGUGUUGAGGGUUUGGUAUUAAAAUGAACCCUACAGAAUGUAUGAGGAUUCAGAAAGUGAAUAGGCCCGAUAUUGGAGUGUCCGACUGUCCGUAGCCACGUCAGAGUGUUGAGGAUCCAACACGGGUAAUUGAGAUGAAUGAAGAGUCCUAGUAAGGCUAACUGUUGAGCGUUGAGAUUGAAGCAAGUAUCAUUAGAAGGCUUGAGAGUGUAGACUGCCUACUUUACAUGGAAGAAGCAGAGGUGAAGUCAGCUCUAUGAAUAAUUCUUGAUCCUGUCUUUAGUUACAACUUUACACAGCCACGUUACACUGGCUGCCAAGGGAAGGACCUAAUGAACCUGGUAAUUGUUCAGAAUAUUAAUGGAACAACUUAAUACAGACAUCUUGUUGCCCAUUCUACCGGACUUCAUACAUCAGUAGAAGUAUCAUUUGUUAUAUGCUGGACAGAUUUAGUUCAACAAGAGGUGUUUUUCUAAAUGAACAUUACUUCUGCUGUUCAUGCAUCUAGGACUGGGGUGAUCACAGAGCAAGUCGAAAUAAACUUCAUUGUCUACUCUACGUUGUUUUCAUUGAAGAGGAAUGAUAACAAUCAAUAAUCAACAAUCGAGGAGAAGAACUUUCCUUUUUUAAAAAUUGAACAUGAUUAUACUUUUCAGUUUCAAAAUACUUACUACACAUCCCUGCAACGGAAAUGUCA